AUGCAGCCAACACAUGUUUUGUCUACAUGUUAUCGCUUCAUUGGCUUGCUCAGUGAUAUCAUACCCCACGUCCAUAUCCUACUUGGGAACCAUGACCUUGCCUACCGUCGUGACUACCAAACCACGGCCCUCGACGCCUUCAACCUUAAUCGCCUAGCCCCCUACGUCUCUAUCCAUAAAGAAAUUACCCAACACGAGUGGGACGGCCGACGUGUUAUACUUUUGCCAUUUCGCGAGGACCAGAGUGGGUUGACAGAUGCUGUGGCUUCUCUGAGUCCUACAGAGGCGAGCAAAACCGUUGCCUUCGCCCAUCUUGCGAUCAACAAGGCCAUCACACAGCGCCACCAGACCAUCACCCAGAAGCAACCAAAUACCAACAAGACAGAUCUUCGAGGAAGCAUCACGUACCUGGGCUCACCAUUGCAACUGAACUGGAGCGACCUCUACGAUGAGAAGCGUGGCAUUCUGUUAUUCGAUCCAGAAACGCUCGAGCACGAAAUGCUUAUUAACCCAUAUGUCAUCGGCUAUACAACUGUAAAUUUACAGGAAGUACUCAACGACCAGGCCAACGAAGAAGCUUUAAAGGAUAAGCACGUAAUGCUUCUAGGUGAUUUGAGCCAUCUCAAGUAUGUUAUGGCUCGUGACAAGCUCCUUUCACUUGGGGCGCGGAGUGUACGGGACUGGAACCCUAUGGGCUUUAAAUCGCAUUCUGACCGUGCGGCUUUGGGAUCAUCGGUCCCAGCCAGCGAUGUAUCCUUUCAGCCCUUAGAGGAGCCCAGGGAAAUUGAGGAUACAACAGGCAAUAGGGUAUCCAGCUCUGCCCUUGACUACCAACCUCGAGCCAAUAAACUCGAUUUUGCGGCGGAGGCUCGGGAAAUGAUUCAGGUUUCCCAUGGGCUAGUAGAUCAGGAUGAAGACGAAGACCUCCAGCUGAACUAUGAGGUCUUUCUCGACAGGUCAACUCAGGCCAUCAGCACGAGAAGCGCUACCGAUCUGAAAGGUGCCUCCGGUCAUAAUUUCGCCGCAGUGCCAUCCACUCUUACGAUCACCAAUUUCCUGAGCGUGCAGAACACCAUCACCAUUGACUUCCGGUAUGAUCUUGCGCGUGGACUAACUUUCCUUGUUGGCGAGAAUGGCUCUGGCAAGAGCAUGCUGAUUGAGGCCAUGGUUUGGUGCCAGUUUGGGCAGUGUGUUCGCAGCGGCAUGGCGGUUGACGAUGUUGUCAACGAUAUUAUAGCUGCAAUAUGA